UGGGUGGAUGCUUCCAGAGUUGUCAGAAAAACUAGUCCAACAAAUCCAUUCUCAAACUUUUUUAUUUUUCUCCAUUUUUGUCUUUGCGACAAGUGAAGCUGGAUCUUAACUUUGUUUUGCUGUGCAUAUAUCAUUCCUCUGCUGCAUCAUGUAUCAGUUACUGCUGGCCGUGUGCUUGCUGUCUCUCUUCUCUGAGCUGACUGUGAACGCCGCCAUCAAAAAGGGACGCAACUACACAAUUCAUUCAUCUCAGCUCAGCUGCAGUCUGCCAGGAACUCAGGGUCCUCCAGGGAGUCCAGGUUCAGCAGGUCCCAGUGGCAAUGCAGGCAAGAUGGGCAUGCCAGGUGUCGAUGGUCAGGAUGGCAAAGAUGGUGACAAGGGUCAGAAGGGAGAGAACGGUGAACAGGGUCGUCCUGGCAAUCCUGGUAAACAUGGACCACUAGGACGUCCGGGAAUUAUUGGAAAGGCAGGGCCUAGGGGCCUGAAGGGAGUGCGAGGAGCACCUGGUGUGUCUGGAGCUAAUGGGACAAAAGGAGCGAUGGGAGAUGUAGGAGAGACCGGUUCACCUGGAGGGUGUGAUUGUGGAACAGAGGCGCGUUCUGCUUUCUCAGUAGCAGUAACCAAGAGUUACCCAAAGGAACGCACGCCUAUCCGCUUCAACAGGAUUUUAAUGAACGAGGGUGGCCAUUACAAUACUUCCAGUGGCAAGUUUGACUGUGCAAUACCUGGUGUGUAUUACUUUACAUAUGACAUCACGUUGGCUAACAAGCACCUAGCAAUCGGGCUCGUCCACAACGGCCAGUACAAGAUCAGAACAUUUGAUGGCAACACAGGAAACUAUGAUGUAGCUUCAGGUUCAACAGUACUACGACUGCAGAAAGGAGAUCAGGUUUGGCUUCAGAUCUUCUAUUCAGAACAAAAUGGACUAUUCUUUGAUCCAUUCUGGACUGACAGUGUCUUCACAGGUUUUCUCAUUUAUGCUGAUCAGGUUGCUCCAGGUGAAGUGAAUGUGAUGACAAAUUCUGGAUCAUCCUGACUUUCUCUUGUUUGUGUACGUAUUGUUUUUUUCCACAUUAGCAAAUUGCCCUCCGUGUUUCCAGAUUCACUUGAUUAAAAUCAAUACAGAACGUUGAACCUAACUGAGGCGGAGACUUAAAAGAGAUAAAUAUUGAUUAACACAAACAGAUUACAAAACACCACAAAGGUAAAAAGUGACAUUUGUAGAAAACAAGUGCCAUAUCAUCAACAACAUUCUUUUUGCUUUUUCAAGACAGUAGUUAUCUUAUGAAAAGAUACUUGUCUUUCAAUAAAAACUUUUAAAAAGCAAAAAUGAAUUUAAGACAAUUCUGUGUUUUUUAUUUAUUAAUGAUGUGUGCAGGUCUUUG